AUGACUCAUGUAAGAAAAACAAUAUUUAUUUUUAAUUACUAAUGUCUAAAAAUGGCAGAGGGUGACACUGGCCUGCCUUGCAAGUUACAAAGGAGGCCCUCCAAUAAUACCUUCCAUUUCUAUUAUUACAGGCAGGACUUCACAACCAUGAUUCAUGAAAAUUUUAAGAUAAACUUCUUAGCAGAACAUUAUCUUCACCUUUAUCUUGUUAUUCUAUAAAUAGCAGCACUGUUAUGUGACACUUCCUUAAAAUAUAUAGAGUGUUUUAAGCCAAGCUCAAGUUCUCUUUGUGUGUUUCAUGAAGAUGAAGAUGAAGAUGAAGAAGCCUUUUAUGUUUUUCUUGAUACUCAGUGUGUGUCUAAUCCAAUGCAGCCAUGGGUUGAGCAGGGAGAGCUUUCCAAAGGGAUUUCUGUUCGGAACCGCCACGUCUGCUUACCAGGUUGAAGGCAUGGCUAGCAAGGAGGGCAGAGGGCCUAGUAUUUGGGAUGUUUUCAUUAAAACUCCUGGACUUGAACCUAAUAAUGCAACCGGAGAGGUUUCUGUGGAUCAGUAUCACAGAUACAAAGAAGAUAUUGAUCUAAUGAAGAAGCUGAACUUCGACGCCUACAGAUUUUCCAUCUCAUGGUCCAGGAUUUUUCCAAAUGGAACUGGGAAAGUGAAUUGGAAGGGAGUCGCGUACUAUAACAGGUUGAUCAAUUACAUGCUUAAAAGAGGCAUAACACCAUAUGCUAAUCUUAAUCACUACGAUCUACCUCAAGCACUGCAAGAGAAGUACAAUGGAUGGUUAGGCCACGAAGUAGUGAAAGAUUUUGCUGAUUAUGCGGACUUCUGUUUCAAGACAUAUGGAGAUAGAGUGAAGAACUGGAUGACAUUCAAUGAACCCAGAGUCGUAGCUGCUCUUGGAUAUGACACUGGUUUUUUUGCACCAGGAAGAUGUUCUAAAACAUACGGAAACUGCACUGCUGGAAAUUCUGGUACAGAGCCAUAUAUUGUAGCGCAUAAUCUGAUUUUAUGUCAUGCCUCUGCUGUACAAAGAUACCGUACAAAGUAUCAAAAAAUACAGAAGGGAAGAAUUGGAAUUCUCUUGGAUUUUGUAUGGUAUGAACCUCUUACAAAAUCAAAGGCUGAUAAUCAUGCAGCUCAGAGAGCAAGGGACUUUCAUGUUGGAUGGUUUCUGCAUCCAAUUGUAUAUGGGGAAUAUCCGAAAACAAUGCAAAAUAUUCUCGGAGAAAGACUCCCGAAAUUCACAAAAGAAGAGGUAGCUAUGGUAAAGGGAUCUUUUGAUGUAGUAGGCAUCAAUCAAUACACUGCCUACUACAUAUAUAACCCCAAUCCAGCAAGCAAACCAAAAGAACUUGGUUACCAACAGGACUGGAAUGCCGGAUUUGCCUAUGCACGGCAGGGUGUGCCUAUUGGUCCAACUGCAUAUUCUAGCUGGCUCUACAAGGUGCCAUGGGGUUUAUACAAAGCAAUUACCUAUGUCAAAGAAAGAUAUGGAAACCCCACUAUGAUUCUGGCAGAAAAUGGCAUGGAUGAUCCUGGAAAUUUGACUCUAUCUAAGGCAUUGAACGAUACAUCAAGGAUCGAGUACUACAAGGCCUACUUGAAGGAACUGAAGAAGACAGUGGAUGAAGGAGCCAAUGUGCAAGGCUACUUUGCAUGGUCAUUGCUUGAUAACUUCGAAUGGAGACUAGGCUACACUUCAAGAUUUGGCAUUGUUUAUGUUAAUUUCAAGACCCUCAAGCGAACACCAAAGUCGUCUGCUUAUUGGUUCCAGAAUAUGCUCAGUCGAAAGAAAGAGUAAACAACAGCACACACUUUUCCGUCUUUUGGUUGGUAAAUGGGAAAAUGUAGCAGUUCUAAGUUACUGAUAACUGUAUUUUGAUAAUAAUAAAGGCUUUGAGAAGCCAUGUAUGCCGGCAAUUCUGUCAAGUUCUUGAUCAGUACCAGCAAGCUUUCCUC